GCCGGGUUUAUAAAGGCCCAUAGGUUUACAGGAGUUAGUCAAUUGGUACAGAAAAAGAAACAAGAUACAAUUCAAAGUCAUGCUAGGGCCAUUGACUCUCACUCUUGCGCUGCCUUUCCUACCAGCGGCAAAUGCUCUGGUUAGGAAGAAUGAUAUCGGCCGAUUACCUGCUUUAGGAUGGAAUUCCUGGAAUGCAUUCGGAUGUGAUAUCAAUUCUACCAAGGUCGUCACCGCCGCCAAUGAGGCCGUCAAUCUUGGACUGAAGGAUCUGGGUUAUGAAUACAUAAACAUCGAUGACUGCUGGAGCAUCAAGAACACCCGCGACAAGAGCACAAAUCGCAUGAUUCCUGAUCCAUCCAGGUUCCCCGAUGGUAUUUCUGGUGUUGCAAAGAAAGUCCAUGAUUUGGGACUGAAAUUCGGUAUCUAUAGCAGUGCUGGUGAGGUUACCUGUGCUGGAUAUCCAGCUAGCCUAGGAUACGAGACAGUCGAUGCGCAGUCUUUUGCCGAGUGGGGCGUUGACUAUCUCAAAUAUGACAAUUGCGGUGUCCCCAGUAACUGGACAGAUACAUAUACCUACUGUGUCCCUGAUGGCAAUGGCAACUACCCUAAUGGCACCUGUCCUGAUAUUACCAAUCCCGCCCCAGAAGGGUAUGACUGGAAAACAUCGAAUACACACAAGCGGUAUACUACAAUGCGCGAUGCACUGCUCAACGUUGACCGGACGAUCUUCUAUUCACUUUGUGGCUGGGGUCAAGCCGACGUGAAUACCUGGGGCAAUGGAACUGGAAACUCGUGGCGCAUAUCUGGCGAUAUCACCGCGGAGUGGGCCCGUAUUAUGCAAAUUGCCAACGAGAAUAGCUUCUUAAUGAACUACGUCAAUUUCUGGGGUCAUCCCGACCCGGACAUGUUGGAGGUUGGUAAUGGGGAUCUUACUAUCGAGGAAAAUAGGGCCCACUUUGCACUUUGGGCUGUCAUGAAGUCCCCUCUGAUUAUUGGCACGGCGGUAUAUCUAACGCUCGAUUCUAUAAACGAUGAUCACUUGGCCAUUCUGAAGAACAAGUAUCUUCUUGAAUUCAACCAAGACCCUGUUAUUGGCAGUCCUGCCCAUCCUUACAAGUGGGGAUACAACUCCGACUGGACUUUCGACCCAGUCCAUCCAGCAGAAUAUUGGUCUGGUGCGUCAUCUACUUUAGAGGGCACGCUGGUGCUUAUGCUGAACUCUGAGGAUACGACUUCUACUCGCACUGCGAGAUGGAGCGAGAUCCCGGAGCUUAAGGGUCAUCAUGCAUAUCGGGUUAUUGAUGCUUGGACUGGUAAGGAUUUGGGCUGUGUGAAGACUAAGUAUAAUGCCUCCUUGAAGAGCCAUGAUGCGGCUGUGUUGUUGGUCAAGGGAAAAUGCUAG